AUGCCCACCAUGGACGACGACCACGAGAGCGACUGCACCAUGGAGGACCCUUCAUAUAUUCUGCAUGCCACGCCGGCAAGAGUUUUCUUGGAUCGGUCUCUGACCAAUCUUCGUCAUUGCGCCACUCCUGAUCAAGCGGUCCGCUUGCUCGAGACUUACCAAGAAAUCAUUGGGGACUUACACCCCAUUCUAGAUAUCUCUCGACUGAAGCAACAGGCGAUACAUUAUUUCAGCAAGGCUACUUGUGAAGACGUGGCAAUCGAUGAAGACGACCUCAUCACGCUACACCUGACUCAGUCGAUCGCGUUGAUAGCAGAUGGCAAAUCAUCGAUACAGCUGGAGAGGUCACGUCUUGGCUGCAUCUAUGACAUGGCAAAUCAAGCAGUCAUGUCCCCGGCAACUAGAGACAUGCAAGCCACGAUGGCUCUUCUCAUGGGGUUCCAUGCCUUUUUCGGCGACGAAAUACAAGUGGCGUGGCGAAUGUGCGGGCUUGCUGGGCGAAUAGCGAUGGAAUUGGGUCUGCAUUGCUACGAUACUUCGAACCCCACUACAUCAUAUGAGGAUGAACGCCCGGACAGGCUGUCUACUCUAUUAUCAAGUAUAUUCAUCCUUGACCGUCAAUGGAGUGCAUCUGCUGGUCUACCGAACCAAUUCGUCGAGACGAGCUUUGACAUAACCUCGGUUUUGCCACUUCUGUCCCAUUACCUCAAUGCAAUGAUGGCAUUUUGUAUGAUCAGCGACAAAUUCGCUGAACCCAUCACAAAAGUAGCCCAAGGUCUGAGCUUUGACAAUGAAGACGAGUUGGAAUUGACUGACUUCAAAAUCGAUCAAUGGCGAAGGAAGUUUGUCCUCAACCAGGAGGAUUUCGAACCGCCCUGCGAAUGGAUCGCAUCCGGUCCCCCAGAGACCCUUCCAGUACCACUUUUAAUUAUGUAUCUUCGAGCAAAUUCUGUUCGAGGGCUACUGCUUAGAUCGUCGUUCAUCUCUAGCAGCGUGGUCUCGAAAGAUAAGACAAAGUCUGCUCUUGGUCUCGUAUCAGACACGCUAGACACCCUCAAGGUGCUCGAUGACAAGAGCAACAUCUAUCGUCGACUUCGCCCACAUUUUCAGCAUAUCCUGGCGUCGGCCAGCUCCCUGCUCUGUCUUGUUGCUGUGAAGCUCAAGAAGGACAGAUCCCCUGAUUGGUCGGCCUCGGAUUUUGCGGACAUCAUAGGACAUAACUUCCAGACAGCACUCCAUCUGUCCGCAGCACAUGCAUCUACCUCACAGGCUUCAUGGAAACUUUGGAAGCGUUUGAACUGUUUUGAAGGUGCGCUGCACAGAACACACCAGGCCUCCCAAAAUGUGGAUUCGGAGGGUCAAGUGGCCAAUCCCCAAGCUCAGUCCUCAAAUGCCGUCCACUGCAGCCCUGUGGCUAGGGCCAGUGGGCCAAUUGCAGAGUUGUUCAAGACCCUGAUCCCUCCUGAGAUCAACAACUCUGCUGUCCCUUCUGACAGCUGCAUCGCCGCCACGUCUUUGGGCGAUCUAAACGCGCUCGACUUGACAACGCCUGGCGACUGGCUGUGGAAAGAAUUCGAUAUCUUCUAA